AGUUCUUUAAACGCUGUCAGCCCUUUGUUCGGAUUCUUGACGGGUCCACGCGCCUUUUAAGCCAGCGUACAGUGAAAGUGCCGGCUUAUGUCGGAGUGACUGUUGCGGGGAUAGGGCUCUUGUGAGGCUUUUUCAGCACCACGGGGAGCGACCCCGCCGCUCCUCCCGCCGCCUGCAUAAUUAAUCCGUAAAGAAGUCGUUCAAUCCUCCGCCCAGCCGUCGCGCCAUUGGUCGAGUGCUAAUCUACUUCCUGAUUUGCUGCUGUCAGUCUCGAUCCAAAUAAAUAGUAAUGUACCUGUACCAGCGUGCACAGGUUGCCAACGAGACUGCGUUCCAGCUUUUAAGGUCCUGAAGACUGGGACCAACCGAGCGAUUCUGUUUGCGACACAGGCAUCAAAAGCCCCACGGAUUGUCCCUGGUUUUUUUUUUUUUUAACUUUUGAGAUGAAUCUGAACUACACUUCUCCGGUCCCCCAGAUGCCGACUCAAAGGUCAACGUCGUUCUUCAUUGAAGAUAUUUUACUACAUAAACCUAAACCUUUGCGAGAGGUGUUUCCCUCGCCCUUUUCAAACUCUCUUGCCUCCCGGAUGCCUCUUAUAGAGUAUGGAUACCCGCUCAUGCCUACACCGAUACUGGCUCCUCAUCCGCAUCACCCGCUACACAAACCUGAACACCACCCGUACUUUUUCACCUCCGGAAUGCAGAUGCCUGCGUUAUUUCAGCAUCAUCCCGAAUUACCAGGGAAGCACUGCAGACGCAGAAAGGCCAGAACAGUGUUCUCAGACUCACAGUUAUCCGGACUCGAGAAAAGGUUCGAGAUCCAGAGAUAUCUGUCCACACCCGAGCGCGUGGAACUGGCCACGGCGCUCAGUCUGUCGGAAACACAGGUAAAGACGUGGUUUCAAAACCGGAGGAUGAAGCAUAAAAAACAACUGAGGAAAACGCAAGAUGACCAGAAAAACCCAAACGAUGUAGACAGAUCGCUGGAGAACACGAGCGAGAGCGAAACGCACGAAAAAAGCACAGACGGUAAAAACGGCAUGAGUCCGGACAGAUACACGCUGGACGACAAUGAAGAUGAUGUCGAUAUCGAAGACGACAUCUGCUCUCCUGAACAUUUACUCUAGUGUUAUCACCCCGUGAACAAAAAAUGUACAUAUGAAUUACAGUCUUUUAGAUAGGAAAUUAUAUCGGGGUUUUUUUUAUUAAUAUUAUUUUUUAUCAUGAUUUUAUUUUGAGAGCAUUGGUCUAAUGUUAUUCUGUUCAAGCGCUUAAGAAAAUUCUGAACAGCUGAGGGACUUUAAAAUGAUACGUGUCUAUUCCAUAUUAUUAUUAUUACUAUUACUAUUAUUAUUACUGCAAUAGCCAUGGCUUUGUGUCCCACGACUCUGACCAUUUUUGUAAAUGUGGAAUGAAUGAUAAUGUACUGACAGCCUGUAAAUAGAUUUACGAUAUGUACUUGAUAAAUAAUCGUUCGAGAGAUGUAACAGUUCAUUUUCAUUCCGAUUGAAGUGUAACAUUUGACAUUUUCAGCACUUUCGCGGGACGAUGAUGAUAUCGGUUGGCAUGCUGUGGACCGACAUAUUUAUGAACUCUAAAACUGUGACUUGUCAUUUGUUAAAACAGAUAAUGUAUAUAAACAAAUGUACAUUGAGUGAAUUAUCCAAGACCGUUCCUAAACGAGCAGCGUCUUUUUUUGUGUGCUUUGAAAGCUUUUCGUGAUUUCCUCAGAUCCAUAAAAGCUGCGGGUUAUCACAAUUUCGAACAUUACUAGAGAAACGAAUAACGCUCCGAAUUAUUGCAUAGCCUAACUACCAAUAACGGUAACACUAACGACGCGUGGAAGUAAUAUCAGACUAAAUAUAAUAAGAAAUCACUUAAAACAAUCAAUUAAU